AGUAACUUGGCGCUAGUUUCAAUCUGAGACCUUGGUCAUCUGGAAUUUUCGUACGAUAGCUUAGGAUCGAAAAUUCUGCGAUGGAGCAAACCUGUUAUUAUAAAAUUUUAGGUAUUGAAAAAACUGCUUCAGGUGAUGAGAUAAAGAAGGCGUACCGCCGACUGGCACUUAAAUGGCAUCCAGACAAGAACCCAGACAAAAAGGAAGAAGCAGAAAAAUGCUUUAAACUCAUAAGUGAGGCAUAUGAAGUACUGUCGGAUCCCAAGAAGCGUGACAUAUAUGACAGACGCGGCAGGGGUCCUCAUGCUGGCGAGGCAUUCGUAUUUGAGGAUUCUGAUCCUUUCGCAAUGUUUACGCGGUUCCACUUCCGAGAUCCCAUGGAUAUAUUCAGAGAAGUUUUUGCUGGCUCUGGGCUCGAUUCUUUCUUUGGCCCCAGUAUUCAUGACUUCCAAUACGGUCCUCAGUUGGGUCGAACUCACAGGUCCAACUCUCAUCGCAACGCUGGGCGACAAUCCGGAUCUCCUUAUCAUCAUGCCGGACGUUCUAGUCAAGUGCAGAGCUAUGAUCCCAUGCUCGCAAACCCUUUCAUGGGUGGACUCUUUGACUCUCCGUUUGGUGGGUCACUGUUCAGUCCUUUGAUGGCUUUUACCGAUUCUGGGUUCGGAAAUCCCCAGGGUUCUUCAUCAACUUCCAUCUUCAGUAGCUUUGGUGGGUCUUCAUGUGCGGGUGGUUUCAGGUCAGUUUCAACAUCGUCCAAGUACGUAAAUGGGAAAAUGGUUCGUGUGACAAAAGUGGUAGAGAAUGGUACUGAGACCAUUACGGAAGAAGUAGAUGGUCAAGUAACUAACCGAACUGUCCGUCAAUGUGGAAAUGGAGCCCUGCAAGCAAUGUGAUUUAUCUUCACACGAAAUAUACUUUGUUCGCAUAGUAAAACUAUAUUAAUUUUGUAUAAUCAGUUUCACAGUUAUUUGUUGAGGUUGAUAAAGUAAUAUUUAUGUUGUCUAAAUGACUGUCUUAAUGCGUCCAAUUUACUGUUACGUCUAUUGGAUACUUUGUUCUUCAACUGCACUUAAGACAUACCACAUUCGAAUCCUCUUAUAAUACUUAUAUAAAAUAAAUAUAUCCCACUGAUUUUGUUGUUUAUUUUCACUUUUCAUUUCAAGGUAUGAUAUUCGUGUGGAAUCGCUUAGUUGUGUCGUCAAGUCUCGGUUAGCUAAAAUCAUGUGUCAGCUUUCAAUAGCAUUUUGGAGGUGCAGUCAGCUGUUCAAUUGGAUUGACAUUCGACAUGGUUAUCAAACUAGACAUUCUGGUGUUCAUACGCUUACUAAGUACCACUUAUUUUGGAAUACUGUGAUCAAAGUUAAUCAGCGUCAACACUGACAGCUGGAUAACAAAUUGGCUAUGUUCCUAUCUCUCUGGAAGGGACCAGUUCACUGUGUUUGGCGGAAAGUGUUCAAAGUUUCUAGUGUCCCAUGAAAGUGUACCACAAGGAGCCGUUCUUUCACCUCUUCUUUUCUCUAUUUUUCUGCAUGAUCUGCCAUCUUCUACAGAAAACACUUCUGCGAAAUAUGAGGAUGAUCUCACUGUAUAUAUGCCGAUUUCUACCUCUUUACAUCCCAUUGAAUUGAAUGAGUUUUUGUCUCGUGUUGAUUGUUGGUCUGUUGUUAAUGGUCUCAAACUUAAUCUGUCUAAAUGUCAAGCUGUUACCUUUGGCAUAAGACAUGAACGGCAUCUAAACACCAUUUUGAGAUCCCAUAAUGCUUGUGCCAUUGAAGACUCUUUGAUAAACACAGUGUCGAAGGUCAAUUAUCUUCGUGUUACUUUUUCCUCUGAUCUCUCUCGGUCUUCUCAUGUUUUACUGUUAUCGAAGAAAGUUUUCCGUCUGACUUACUACAUGAAGAGACUACAUGCUUUUGGGAUUACUCGUCAUUUACUCUUACAAUUUGUCAAUUCUUGCAUAUUACCUAUUAUUAUUUACUGUUCUCCAUUAUUCUUUCCCGGGCUUUUGAGAAAAGACUUUGCUGUAUUGCGGAGAGUGCUGAAAGCAGUUAUCAAGGUGUGUGGUGAAUCUUCCGAGGUCAUAAUUAAUAUGGUUAUGGAUAGAAAUCUAAAGUCAUGCAAACUCCUGGCAGGUGUUAUCUUAUCAGAUAUUAACCAUCCUCUUCAUUCAUAUCUUUCUCCUUGUAUAUCUUCUGGUAGAACGAGACGUAGUUACAUUGAAAUCCAUGCACUCAAGCAAAAGUAUAAAAUUUCUAUAAUACCUUACCUAGCAAAUAUACUCUGUGACGAACAGGUUGUUAGAGUUAACUUAGUCAAUAACCUGUAUUCUCAAACAUGUCUCUAAUUUGGAAAGUUGUACAGUUUCAGAUUUUUUUUCACCUUUUACCUUUCUUCUUUUGUUGCUGUCUUUUUUGUAGAAGAAACAUGUUGAAAUACUUUGUUCUGAGAAUUCUAUAUUGUACCAAAAUAUAAUAUUGAAUAAAGCCAUUAA